GACUGCACGAGCUUCACGACCAUUGAAUCCAACCUCCACCACGACCCUGCGUGCGCCCCGCCCCAAUCGCGACGACAAUCCCUCACCACAAUGGCGUCCAAGAUGACACCCUACCUAUUCCGCUCCGCCAUGCGGUCGGCGUCGCGCGCUGGCUUCGCCCAGACACGGGCCUUCUCAGUCACGGCUCGCCGACCGAGCGACACCCUCAUGGUGCACCGUAACACGCCCGAGAACAACCCCGACAUCCCCUUCAAGUUCACCCCCCAAAACGAGAAGAUCAUCACCGAGAUCCUCAAGCGCUACCCCCCUCAGUACAAAAAGGCCGCCGUCAUGCCCAUCCUCGACCUCGGCCAGCGCCAGCACGGCUUCACCUCGAUCAGCGUCAUGAACGAGGUCGCCAGGUUACUCGAGAUGCCUCCCAUGCGCGUCUACGAGGUGGCCUCCUUCUACACCAUGUACAACCGCGACCCCGUGGGCAAGUUCCACGUCCAGGUCUGCACGACGACCCCCUGCCAACUGGGCGGCUGCGGCUCCGACAUCAUCGUCAAGACCAUCAAGGAGCACCUCGGCAUCAAGCAGGGCCAGACCACCCCCGACGGCCUCUUCACGCUCGUCGAGGUCGAGUGUCUCGGUGCCUGCGUCAACGCCCCCAUGGUCCAGAUCAACGAUGAGUACUACGAGGACCUGACCCCCGAGACCACCGUCUCGCUCCUCAGCGCGCUGAAGGAGAGCGCGGCGGCCACGAGCCAGGCCGACGCGGACGCCAAGAUGCCCAAGCCCGGACCCCAGACGGGGCGGGACACCUGCGAGAACAGCAAGGGGCAGACCAAUCUGCUGGAUGAGCCGUGGGGCGUGGAGAAGACAAGGUCGGACUUGUAGAUGUUAUACUAUCACCUAUUUGCGAUUCGUGUUUUGUGUCUGUAGCGGAUAUCGCUCAAGGAUCUGGGCGGAACUGUACAUAAAGUAUGAAUGCUACUACGGUUAUAGACAUACAAUA